AUGAAGGGAGGCGACACUUGCAUCUACUUCUUUUUUUCCAUUGCCAUUGAUUGCGGUUGGUGGACCUGCCUCUGGACAUUGAAAAAAAUUCUGGAUCUGCUGCAGAAGCUAACGAAUCUUGACAGUUUCAAUUCUAUGUCAAGAGAAGCCUUGCAGCAACACGUCAAGUACAUCAUUAAGACAUCGACGCAAAACGAUCCGCUUCUUCUCUUGCCUUUCCUGGCUCCGCAGCUACCGUUUUGCAGCUAUGAAUACAAGGCAGUCCGCAGUCCGCGACUCUGCAGCAAGCUCUACACCAUUUGCUUAAAGAGCAAGGCAGACGCUGAGCACUUUGCAGCGGAGAAGACCAUGGAAGAAGUCCGCAUCCUGUCCAAUGAAGUGCCACAAGUGCCGAGCGAGAUAUUUUUGGCUAGCAGAGAUGAGACUGAGCGCCAGACAUGGCUUUAUUUGAUCCUGUUGGCCCAGCUGCGUGUACCUUGCCACCGUCCCUUAUGA